AUGGUGUAACUUACGGAAAGUGUUUCUGAAACAAUCCGUACUUUUGAUAUUGUUGAUAGAAGAUCUAUGUCAGUUAUUUUUGUAAACUAAUGAGUAAUGCCUUUUGAGAAAAUCCUCUUCAGGAAGUUAGAGAAGAAUUGCAAUCUGAAAUGGAGCAAUUUAAUUGUAUGGUCCAAUCACAAACUGUGGAUGCCUAAGCCAUUGCUAAGCAUACAUGUGAGGAUGGGCGAUAAGGCAUGUGAAAUGAAGAUAUUUGAAUUUGAAGAAUACAAGAAACGUGCUGAACGCAUAAGAAAGCACUUCCCACACCUUGUCAGCAUCUGGUUAUCCACGGAGAUGCAAGAAGUAAUUGAUAGAUCGAGAUCAUACCCACAGUGGAAUUUCUACUACACAAACGUGACAUGCCAGGUGGGGAACAUGUCAAUGGCUACUUACGAAGCCAGCCUAGGGAGGGAAACCAGCACGAAUUACCCUCUCGUGAAUUUCUUGAUGGCUGGGGAAUCAGAUUUCUUCGUCGGAGCCUUGGGUUCCAGUUGGUACUUUCUUAUAGACGGAAUGAGGAACAUUGGAGGAAAAGUAAUGGCUGGCUAUUUAAGUGUCAACAAGGAUCGGUUUUGGUAGCUAGAGAGUAAAUAUACAUAAAGAUGUUGGCUGGCGGUUAUAUGGGUGCGUAUGUUGUAGUUUGUUUGUCACAUGUAUAUGGGUAUCCAUUUUUGUAAAUGUUCAUGUAUUUAGCAAACUAAUGCACAGAAAAUUAACGGUCAAUGUUGUUGAUGGUGCUGUACUUCUAUAAUAA